AUGAAGAUUCAUCAAUUGAUAGUGUUUUUGUUUGCAUUCGUAUUAAUCGAUGCAAGAACACCAAAGAGAUAUUCCCAAUUGGAUAUCGUGAUGCUGACUUGUACAACAUUUAUUGGGAAAUAUGGUACUGUUUGUACUUCAACUGGUAAAAGAUCAACUAAUUGGAAUUGUUAUUGUAAAACAGAUGCUGGGUUUGGAACAAUCUCAGAUUGUUUGGUCCGUGGUUUCAAUAACAACACGAAUAUUAUUGGUAAAUUCACCGAAUCCUGUAAUAUGACAGAAUCAAAAUUUUAUGCCAAAUAUGACAAGAUUCAGACUGAAUUCAAAACUAAUGGUACUGAAUAUGCUAACAUGACUACCAAAUCGUCUAGUGGUGGCAAGUCCUCAGCUUCUACUGGUGCAAGUAACUCCUCCAAGUCAACAGAUCUGCCCAAUGUGUCCAAGUCAUCCACAAAUGCUCAUAGCAGUAGUAGUAGCAGUAGCAGUUCUAAAAGUGGCAAAGGUAAUAGUGAUUCAUCUACAACAAAAACUUUAACUGCUCCAUUGUUAAUUGAUUAUAAAAAAUUCACUCCUUACAAAGAUGCUUACCAAAUGUCUAAUAAUAACUUCAACCUUUCAAUUUACUAUGGUUCAGGAUUGCUUGCUUAUUGGGCAGGGAUUCUAGCCAUUGCAAUUUUUAUUAACAUGAUGAAAAAAAUGUUCCCUAAUUUAACAAAUUAUUUAUCAGGCACAAUUUCCAAUGCAUUAAGAAGACAUCUUUUCUUGCCUGCCACUUUCCGCAAAAAGAAGGCACAAGAAUUCUCUAUUGGUGUUUUUGGAUUUUUUGAUGGUUUAAUUCCAACUAGAUUGGAAUCUAUAAUUGUUGUAAUUUUUAUUUUCUUGAGUGGUCUUUUCAGUGCAUUACAUAUUCAUCAUGUUAAGGAUAAUCCACAGUAUGCUUCCAAAGAUGCUGAAUUAGGCCAUUUGAUUGCAGAUAGAACCGGUAUUUUAGGAACAUUUUUGAUUCCGUUGUUAAUUCUAUUUGGAGGUCGUAAUAACUUCUUGCAAUGGUUGACGGGCUGGGAUUUUGCCACGUUUAUUAUGUACCACAGAUGGAUUUCCCGUGUUGAUGUUUUAUUGAUUAUUGUUCAUGCUAUUACAUUUUCCAUUUCCGAUAAAGCAACUGGCAAGUACAACAACAGAAUGAAACGUGAUUUUAUGAUUUGGGGUACUGUUUCUACCAUAUGUGGAGGAUUUAUUCUUUUCCAAGCCAUGUUGUUUUUUAGAAGAAAAUGUUAUGAAGUUUUCUUUUUAAUCCAUAUUGUUUUAGUUGUUUUCUUUGUUAUUGGAGGAUACUAUCAUUUGGAAAGUCAAGGAUAUGGAGAUUUCAUGUGGGCUGCUAUUGCUGUAUGGGCUUUCGAUCGUGCUGUUCGAUUAGGUAGAAUUUUCUUUUUCGGUGCCAGAAAGGCAACCGUUUCUAUCAAAGGUGAUGACACUUUGAAAAUCGAGGUUCCCAAACCAAAGUACUGGAAGUCGGUUGCUGGUGGGCAUGCUUUUAUUCAUUUCUUGAGGCCAACCUUAUUUUUACAAAGUCAUCCGUUUACAUUCACAACAACAGAGUCAAAUGAUAAAAUAGUGUUGUACGCUAAGAUCAAAAAUGGUAUCACUAGUAAUAUUGCUAAAUACUUGUCACCUUUACCUGGCAAUACAGCCACAAUUAGAGUUUUAGUGGAAGGUCCAUAUGGUGAGGCAAGUGGAGCUGGGCGCAAUUGUAAGAAUGUCGUUUUAGUUGCUGGUGGUAAUGGUAUCCCAGGUAUUUACUCCGAAUGUGUCGAUCUAGCCAAAAAGUCAAAAAAUCAGUCUAUCAAGUUGAUUUGGAUUAUAAGACAUUGGAAGUCAUUGAGUUGGUUUACUGAAGAGUUGGAAUAUUUGAAAAAAACCAAUAUACAAAGUACCAUUUACGUUACUCAACCUCAAGAUUGUACAGGUCUAGAAUGUUUUGAACAGGAUGUUAGUAUUGAGAGAAAAUCCGACGAAAAGGACUCAGUGGAAUCAUCUCAGUAUUCAAUCAUUUCAAAUAUUAAGCAGGAGUUAUCUCAUAUUGACUUUAUUGAAGGACGUCCAGAUAUAUCAAUGCAAGUUGAACAGGAGGUUAGACAAGCAGAUGGUCCAAUUGGAUUUGUUACAUGUGGACACCCCGUCAUGGUUGACGAAUUAAGAUCUGCUGUAACCAAGAGCUUGAGUGCCUCAAAACAUAGAGUCGAAUACCAUGAACAGUUACAGACUUGGGCAUAA